AUGCAUGACCAGUCGUCUCUGGGGUUUGGCUCAAGGUCAGCGCGGCGAGGCCGCAGCUCAAGCUUGUCUGCAGACUACAAGAAACGCCCCAAGCCGAGCGUCCUCUCACCACCUCUCGUCAACCCGCAACCGCAGUAUGUCGCAGCGUCAGCCGCACGGCAGUUGAUCGAUGCGGAUCAAGGGUCCAAUGCUUUCGCGAAGCAUCACCACGACAGUGUCGACAUCACGGAUGCUGCGCUGGCACUGCUAAACGGCUUCCUGGACAAUAUAUUAUUUAGCAUUCUUUUAACCGCCAAGUCGACCAGGUUGGCGUCUAUUCGCCCCGCAGUAGCAGAUGUCCUAAAGCCCCGACUGGCAAGGGAGGUUGUCUCCGCUGCUGAUGAUGAACUUGGUGAAUACUUGGGUGGAGGAGAGCAUGAGGAGUUGUCCGAGUUCCACGGUGGCCAAGAACCGUCGGGCCAUUUCGAGUUGGAAAGGUCAUGGAAACUGAUACGUCUAAGAUGCAUGGUGUAUUCAAGGUUGGGUGAUAUGGAGGAGGAAGAUGAGGAAGACCAUCUUCGACGAGAGGGCUUGGACGAUAGCGGAACUCGGCCUGGCCGGUUCUCAAAUUACGUGGGCCAUAUCACACCUGCAGCCGCCAUCUUCUUGACCUCGAUAUUGGAAUACAUCGGGGAGAACGCUCUGAUUAUCAUCACCGACAACGCACGUGGUAGACAGGGGACUGCUGCCGUAAAAUCUAGCCAAGGUCAGCCAGAGGAGGCUGCGAUUCGCCGGCCUUUGGUUAUCGACGAUAUGGAUGUGGAGAAGAUAGCUCUGAAUCCGACACUUGGCCGGCUGUGGCGGACUUGGAGGAAAUACUCCAGGCGCCCUGCAUUGUCCAGAACGCUUUCGCGAGAAUCGCUAUUGCGCUCUCCCAGGAAGACCAGCAGUAGACAGAGCAGUGUUGGAACGGUGGAAACCCUCGAUGAACCGCAGCUUCGUACCUUUUUUUCGCAACCACCUGUCUCUGAAGAUGGCGAGUCAGUAGAGCCAGCCGAAAUACCCCUUCCUCUGUCCGAUAACGAUAUAGACGAAAUCGAGAUUCCUGGUUUCACCGCACAACUCGCUGUAGCCGUUCAAGCACGCGCAUUUCGACCCCGAAGCCUUUUCCUCACAAAUACCGUUCUCACAGCUCCUACCGCGCAAGAACAUAUCUUGCCCAAAUCAGCUUCCGCGCUCGAUUACCGCUCCCAUUCUCGAUCCUAUUCCCUCCCCACCACUCCUUUGAAAACGACAAGACCUCCUGUAAAUAGCAAACCCGACCUGGUUGUCGUUCCUCCUAGAAAGGAGCAAGAGAGUCUAGAGCCAAUGCGCGAGAACGCCGAGCACAUUAAUAUGAAUCGAACAAGGAGGUUUGAUACCGUCGAAAGCGGGUCGCGCGCUAAUCAGCAUGGCUCAAUGGACCCUGAUCCUUUCCUUGAUGCCCCAGAAAAUACCGGAAGUCCGGUGUCUUCUUUGCACUCCGAUAGUAUUGGUGUGGCGAUCAGUCACUCUCAAAUAUCCGAACUUCCUUCACCAAUUUCUCGAAAUGAAAGCCGAUUCUCAAAAGGAAGCUCAGAGUACGAGGAUUAUGAACCACACACUACGCUCACGAGCCCAUCAACCAAGCAUUCAGAAAUGCAUGAGAGACACCAAAUCGACGAAGAACCGGUCAUGACUGGCUCGGUACAACGACUUGCCGUGGAUGACUAUACAGAUGCACCGUCUCCCAUCCCCGAAAGAUCUCCUCUACGCCUUUCUGGUCAGGAUCUUCCGCCUCCAACGCAAGCGAAUGACACCAUAGUUGAGACCGCAUUCGUUGCGCAACCUACCGCAUCCGCCUCUAAUCCGCCUAGGCUCAGCCCUCUGCGUGAACUAGUCGCAGCCGCGACCGGCACUCCGGAUGAACAUUCCCCUGGCUUGCGUGCAGGUCCCCAAUCCAAUGACUCCUCUGCGUCAAAAUCUGCCUCCGGCCAGAGCAACCGCUCCACGUCUUCGCGACCCAAGCGACCAGUUGUCAAAACCUCUAUGGUCACCAGCGCGCCCCACGCAAUGACUAACUCUCCUAGGAGUAUUUCACCUGGGAGAGAGCGUGCCGCAGUUCAGCGCGUUUCCCCUCCCCCGUCUAAAUCGCCCAGUGAGCCGGGAGGGUUUAGGUCUCGCCGCUCCGAAAGCAACAGUAGUUUUCCUGAGCGAAGACCCAUCACAUCUGGUUCCGGUACAUCUCAAGUCUCGAGCAAACUCAAGGGAUUGGUGAACCGGCAAGUCACUCCCAACCCCCUGCGUUCUGCAGGGGAUGUAAAUGGCGAUGGAACUUCGGAUCUGGACCUCCUGAUCGAAAGCGAUGAGACACUUCAUUAUACACUAACGCCGAGAACGAUGAGAGAAAUUGAGGAUCCUGGUUCACCGCGAUGGGCUUCUGUGCGAACGGAUAAUAAUAAUAACUUUGGAGACCCAGAUGAUUCAGGAAGCGCGGCAGCUUCUGAAAGCGUUUCACAGGGAUCGGUGAACUCGCCGCCAAUUGGUGGUGGCUCCAAUGGACUUCGUAUUGCCACGCCCACUCGUCUUCAGCCAAAACGGCCUGUGCCACAGGCGAGAGAUGCAAGGACAGAAGUGAAGUCAGUCCGUGAGUUUGCGGAUUUCAUCCGACACACGGGCCCGGACCCGAAUGCGCCGAAGCUGCAUAUUCCUAUUGUUAUCCCUGAUUCAGUACGGCAAAACAAGCUCUCGCAUGACUUUGGCACACAGGCGUCAUCACCGUCGCCCGUUCCAUCCCGUGCGCAGAGUUCAAUGUCUAGUCAUUUUUCAAGUCCUAAUCGACGUCGUCUAGAAGCACGCUCGGCGGCUACACCGAAAGAUAACCAGACUUCUGACCUGAUUGAUUUCAUCCGUGAAGGCCCUCCACGGUCUGGUGCACACCGGAUUCCCCGGACUGUUGCACCGUUUCGAACAACAAUGGACUCGGAUGAGUUCCAAUCUCUUAGCCCAACUCGGCUAGAUAGAGACGCGUUGACUCGCAGCUCCCUCGCGAGCACCCAGGAUAGUUUCAACGCGCCAAGAUCCGUUAAUUCCUCGUACAACUCGCGGACGGGUCUUCUAGAGCCAGUCAAUCACGGCAGCGGUCGGGCUGUCAGGGCGCAGUCUCAAUUGGGAUCAGUCCUUGAUUCGCCGGUGGAUGAGGUCGUGGAACCUGUCAGGACUCGCCGGCGAGUGAGGGAUCCCUACGCCAUCGACACCGACAGCGAAGAUGAAGUUUUUGCGCAGUCGAAGAAGCCCCAGCAGAAGGAAGAAAGUCUGAUGGAUUUUCUGCGCAGUGUUCCACCGCCUCCCAGCAACGAUGAGCUUCCACAACUAUUGUCCGUCAACAUGCAUGCGGCAAAUGAAACCAAAGGCUCCAAAUCCAAAUCAAAAGCCACAAUGAAAUCUCGCCUCAUGCGAACCGCUUCAACAGAUAAAGCACCCACAGCGAAGCUAUCGCGAUCUUCGCUGCGCUCCCAUAAGUCUUUCGCGACCCCUACUUCAACUCCCGCAGAUGCACCUGCGCUCCCUCCAAUCCAUGGAGCUUUAUCCUCGCCUCAGUAUCCCGUUCGACAUGAAUCCUACGCACUAAAUUCGGCUGCGCACCCUGCCCAAGUCGAGCGAUUGCGGAACGGAUACAACAUGAGCCCCCGUCCUACAGGCGAGCUGCGAAAGCACACUCGCGCCGAUGAAUCUGACACCUCUGCCCUGGCAGAUUUCUUCAGAAAUACUGGUCCUCCGGAGUCUCCCCAGCCAUCACGUCCUCCCACUUCUUCGGUCAAGGAAAGUAGUGGGUUCAGUUCAUUUUCUAGGGUGUUUUUACGGAAGAAAAAGCAGCCUAUAUAA